UCAAAACAACAACAAAGACAACUCUCUCUUUCUAUCUUCAACUCUCUUUGAUCCUACAAAAUCUACUUUGGCUACUAAGACCUUAAGCUAGCUAUAAGCUUGAAAGCAAAUCUCACACAAACACUCACACUUUAUACAUAUAUAUAUAUAGUGACAUAUACUAUUACAUCAUGGAGAAUAUGUUUCGCUUAGCUGAUCAUGAAGAUUUCUUCUCUAGAAGAUGCAUUUGGGUUAAUGGUCCGGUCAUAGUUGGUGCUGGACCAUCAGGGUUAGCCACGGCUGCUUGCCUUAGAGAUCAAGGCGUGCCCUUUGCUGUUCUUGAAAAAGAAGAAUGCAUAGCAUCCUUGUGGCAAAAACGCACCUACGACAGGCUUAAACUUCACCUCCCUAAGCAAUUCUGCCAGCUCCCUAAAGUCCCAUUUCCCGAGGAUUUCCCCGAGUACCCUACAAAGAAACAGUUCAUUGAGUACCUUGAAUCAUACGCAAAGCAAUUUGAGAUCAACCCAAGAUUCAAUGAGUAUGUUCAGUCAGCAAGGUACGAUGAGACCAGUGGUUUGUGGAGGGUAAAGACAGUUUCUACAAGCGGCUCAAACCGUACUGAAGUUGAGUACAUUUGCCGCUGGCUUGUUGUGGCUACUGGGGAGAAUGCAGAGUGUGUAAUGCCUGAGAUUGAAGGAUUGGCUGAGUUCGGUGGUGAGGUUAUCCAUGCUUGCCAAUAUAAAUCCGGCGAGAAAUUCAGCGGGAAGAAAGUACUUGUUGUCGGCUGUGGCAAUUCUGGCAUGGAAGUUUCUCUCGAUCUUUGCAACUACAACGCGUCUCCAACAAUGGUGGUUCGCAGCUCGGUUCAUGUUUUGCCAAGAGAAAUCAUGGGCAAAUCAACCUUUGAAUUGGCUGUUUUGUUGAUGAGUUGGGUACCCCUUUGGCUAGUUGACAAGCUCAUGCUGAUCAUGGCAUGGUUGGUGCUAGGAAACACUGAGGAGUAUGGUCUAAAGAGGCCAUCUAUGGGUCCAUUGACUCUCAAGAACACCAUGGGCAAGACCCCUGUACUGGACAUUGGUGCAUUGGAGAAAAUCAGAUCUGGAGACAUUAACGUGGUUCCUGGAAUCAAGAGGUUUUCACGUGGUCAGGUUGAGCUUGUCAAUGGUGAAAUUCUUGAUAUAGACUCAGUUAUUUUGGCUACUGGAUACCGCAGCAAUGUCCCUUAUUGGCUUCAGGAAGGUGAAUUCUUCUCCAAAAAUGGGUUCCCAAAGGCACCAUUCCCAAAUGGCUGGAAAGGAAAUGCCGGUCUCUAUGCUGUUGGGUUCACAAGGAAAGGGCUCUCUGGUGCAUCCUCUGAUGCCAUUAGAAUUGCACAAGAUAUUGGCAAGGUUUGGAAAGAGGAAACCAAGCAAACCAAGAGGGCAACAGCUUGCCAUAGACGUUGCAUCUCACAGUUUUAAAGUUAUUUUUAACUGUAAAAAAAAAAAAAAAAAACCUACCCUUUGUAUGAUAUAAAAAAAAAAAUAGGAAAAGACAGAUAGCACACAGAUAGAGCCCUCUCCGAAGGCCCAAAGUUUUUAGGUGUUUUGGGCAUUUUGUAUAACUGAGGACGUAGUGGCUUGUUUUUUCUCCUUUGUUUUUUCAGUUUCAUACAGCUUUCUUGUAUUAUAGUCCAGUGAUUUAUCUUUAAUGAGGAGAUUUUCAUCUCUUUCGUAUCA